AAGAGAAUGUGUCAAUAGUGAUCCAUAUCUAUGGUCAUUGGCAAUGGAUCGUUUAUAGUGUUUAUAGGUUAAAUUUUAAUAAAACAACAUAUUUUAUAAUUUAUUUCUCUAUAUUUCAAUUUAGAACGAAAAUGAGUGAAACUGAUGUUAUACAGGAAAAGUCUGAUGCAAGACAGAAAAAUAACAAAAAGGAAAAGAAACAAACAGAGAAAAGUAAAACUGACGGGGCCACUAACAAGUUAUCAUCUACAGGAGAAGAUAAAUUAACAGAAAAGCAAUUAAGAAAACUGGAAUGGGAAAAGAGAUUGGCUGAACAAAAAACACAAGGAAAUGUUAAUGAUGUAAAAGAAAAGCUAAGUAAAUCGGAACUUAAAGCGAAAAGACGUGAACAACAAGAAGCGCAAAGACAGGCCAAAACCGGAAAAGACAAGGAAACUGUUAUUAACAAUGUUAUUACAGAGGUAAAACAAGUAUCCCCUGAUACCCCAAAAUCUCAAAAUAAUAAACAUCCUGAAGAAAAAAAAUCACCUGUAAAAAAAUCUGUAGAUAUUAAAAAAGCAAAACCGGGGUAUGUUCAACUUGUACAGCAUUUGUACAGGGAACCCAAGCUGGAAUAUGUAUCUAAAGUGGUUAAUUCUAAAGAAGUUCACCCUGUUUUUGUAAAACUAGGAGUACAAUAUUCAGAAAAAGUUAUUCUUGGGUCCAAUGCAAGAUGCCUUGCACUACUGUCUGCAAUUAAAACCCUAAUAAUUGAUCUACAAAGUCCAGCUAAACAAGAGUUUUGCAGAUAUAUGGAAGCAGUUUUACAAACAUGUACAAACUAUUUACAGGAUUGUAGACCUUUUGCUGUAUCAAUGACAAAUGCUCUAAGACAUUUUAAAGUACAACUUACUCAUAUGGAUAAAAAUUUAUCAGACAAUGAGAAACGAGCAAAAUUAAUUGAUGUAAUCGAAUUGUACAUUAAUAAUGAUAUUAAACGGGCUUGGGAUGCUAUUUGCAUGAAAGUAAAUGCAAAAAUAGUAAAUAAUGAUGUCAUUUUAAUAUACGGAUGUUCAUCUCUCAUUCAUAAAAUACUUCUGGAAGCCAAUAAAUCUGGAAAGAAAUUCUCUGUAAUAAUAGUGGAUAGUCGGCCUCUGCUGGAAGGCAGGGAAAUGCUCAGAAGAUUAGUCGGUGCUAAAAUAAAAUGUACAUAUGUUUUAAUAAAUGCUCUCGAUUUUGUCAUGAGACAAGCAACAAAAGUGCUUUUAGGCGCUCAUGCCUUAUUAACCAAUGGAAGUGUUAUGUCAAGGAUAGGUACUGCCCAAGUAGCUUUGGUAGCCCAAGCUUGUAACAAGCCUGUACUAGUUUGUUGUGAGACAUACAAAUUCAGUGAGAGAGUUCAAACAGAUUCGUUUGUUUACAAUGAAAUUGGUGAUUCGAAUUUGUUGCUCUCCAUUGAUACAUCGAGCACUGCCAGCCCUUUAGUGUCUUUAAAGGACAAUACUAAAUUAAGUAUUUUAAAUAUAUUGUACGAUGUGACACCUCCAGAUUUGGUGACGGCUGUUGUUACGGAAUUAGCAAUAUUACCUUGUACAAGCGUACCAGUUGUAUUGAGAAUCAAUGCCAAUGAGAAUAUGUAGCAAUGAGUGUAAUGUGAAUAAUGUAUUUUAUUUAAAAACGAUAAUAUAUUCUUUAUACAAAA